AAUCUUCACUAGGAACUGUGGCGCAAGUUCAAUAUCACAAUAGGCUGCUCUGCGCAUUACUACAGUCGCCUUCAAAUCAGCAGAAACUGAAAUCGCGGUUUACUCUGAUAACGUGUGCAGUUGUGUUGAGUGACAGUGACGUAUUUUAAUCGGUAUGGCCCUUUGGUACCCUUCAGAUAAAAGAAAAGAAUAAAUGAUCUUUUCAAACUUCAGUUGCGAUUGCACCAUGGUCCUGAGCCCAUCAGCACGAACGAGAGAGCCAAGUAAACACAGUUUGUUGUUUUAGGGGACUUGAUAUGUGACAGUGUAACAGUCAUUCACGGGGGAGAAGAGACAAAAGACCAAGCGGGGGUUCACUGGACAAAAGCGACGUCUGGGAAACAGGUCACCGUCAUCCCAACCAUGUCAGCACACCUGAGAGCUGUGGGCACCUCUCCUCUCUCCUCCUGUCUCCUGCUCCUCCUGCUGCUCCUCCCCCUCGCCCUGUCAUUUCGGGCGCGACCACCCCACCAGCAUCCGGGCCACCUGCCCUCUCUGGUGCCCCACGCCCCUCGCUCGCUUGCCCGCCCCCGCUUCAGUGCCCAGGCUCAGCUGGACUUCACCACCCACUGCAAUUCCAGCUGCUACCACCGAGGGGAGCAAGAGCCCAGGCGAGAGCUGCUGGCUGACUGGCUGGCCUUCGAGACACUGUACGACAACGGCUCGCGCACCCUGACCACUGUGGACGUUGAGGACGGAGACGAGGAAGAAAGCGAGGGACUCAUCAUGGACGCGGUGCCGCGUUUGGCCAGAGGGAGGCGCUCCGCUCCCGCCAUCGGGCGCGGGAAAAGGCGCAGGCGGCAGAUCUAUGGCGCCGAUGGGCGUUUCAACAUCCGCGGUGACAACUUCCUGCUCGACUACCCUUUCUCCACAGCGGUGCGCAUCUCCACAGGCUGCACUGGGGUCCUGGUGUCUCCACGCCAUGUCCUGACCGCCGCCCACUGCGUGCAUGAUGGGAAGGAUUAUGUCAAGGGUGCCCGCAAGCUGAGGGUGGGCUUCCUGACCCCACCCUCGGUCAACACUACCAAGCCCGGCCAGGCUCCACCGAAAAAGCCCCUGGUGCGCUGGGUGCGUGUCAGGAGGACCCGAGUCCCCAAGGGGUGGAUCCAGGGCCCGCAGGACGUGAGCAUGGAUUUCGACUACGCCCUGCUGGAGCUGCGCUGGCCCCACCGCCGGCCCUUCAUGCGCCUCUCGGUGGCGCCCUCCUCCGAGGACCUGGCGGGAAAGCGCAUACACUUCUCCGGUUUCGACAGCGACCGGCCCGGCGAGCUGGUGUACCGCUUCUGCCCCGUGGAGGACGAGUCCAACGACCUGAUCUACCAGCACUGCGACGCGCGGCCGGGGGCCAGCGGCUCGGGGGUCUACGGGCGCGUCUGGGACUCGGACCUCGAGCGCUGGGAGCGCAAGGUCAUCGGCGUCUUCUCCGGGCACCAGUGGCUGGAGAUCGACGGCGAGAACCGCGACUUCAACGUGGCCGUGCGGCUCACGCCGCUCAAGUUCGCCCAGAUCUGCUACUGGCUACACGGGAACCGGGUGGACUGCAGCAAGGACUGAGAAAACAUCUGGGGGAAUGGGGGGGGGGGAAGAGUGGAGGGAUUUUGCGGAGGAAAGGGGGCAGAUUAUUUCAGUUUAGAAUUAACUCUCAAACUACUUCCUCUGAGUGCAGCAGAGCUUGAGAGAAAUACAAUCCCGAGCCGCUAAACAUGGGGAAAACAGAAAGAAUCUAAAUCGGAUUAAAAGCAGGAAUGUUUGACCUUUGUAUGGACUCCUUUCUGGACCAACCCCCUUUUGCUGUUUGGUACAGGCAUCUCACUAUGGAUCUUGUUUGACUCCUUGAAUGUGCGUUUUUUGUGUCUGUUUUACUUGCCUGACUCCUAACAGUUUGCUGGCAGUGUGGCAUGUAGCUGUGCAUUUAUUUCAGACUAGUGUGCCGAUGACAUAAUCACAGCAGCUUAUAAAAGCACUUUCUCUUUGGCCAGCCUUACACUGCCUCUGUAUUUCCAUCACGUGAAACAAACCACUAGUAGUGGCGGGGACACAGUCCUGUUUUUUUUCUCACCUUCAUCAAGAUGGACUCCCAACUGAACCUUUGGGAUAUGGUUGCAUUAUUUAUAAGAUGAAAAGCUAGUGUUAGUGUGAGAUUUCCUGGUGACUGUGCCUGAUGUUUCCGCUGUAACCACUACUUUGCAGAAGAGACAACGCAGAGCUCAGCUGCUCAGGACAUGGCUGCAGCUGCCUUUGCUUCUUCCUGACAGAACCAGUGUGCUUCAGUGCAUUGAAUUUAAAGGUGUAGGUGUGAAAGUCAGUUGUAAAAGAAAUGUGGGAAGUGAAAGGCAUGCAUAAACAUAAGCAAGAAUGAUAAUUUAGAUUUUGGGACUGUGACUCAGUUCUCCUGUGCCCUUUGUGCGAUUUACAGCCCGGUUAUAACACCAGACUAAUCCUUCUUUCACUCUUAGCACCAGAGCACAGCAGCACUUCAUAAUCUUACAAAGAAAAGUUGGAGGAAAAAUGAAAUAAGAGCAGGUUUGGCUGUUGUACAUGACUUUUGGAAAAGACCUGAUUCUGGCCUAUCUAAGUGGGGUAGUGGUGGUGGAUGGGUUGGCUGAUGCAUCUCUAUGUUGUUGCCAGUACAUUUUUAUUUUUUUGGAAAAUGCUUCUAUCUAUUUUAAUAAACAAAAGAUUGUCUAUCCCAAC